ACCUACAGAUCGCCCUGUGACAAUAACUGUGGCUGCCGUAUGGAGGUUUCAAGUGAAACCCCCACCACCGAGACCACCAAGACUAUCAGUUGCAGUCACAGUAGUAUGGACUGUCCUAACUCUGGCUCGAGUCAUCUUUGGUGUCGUGUAUUUCAAUGACUGCCCUCAGCAACCAAACAUUCCCAACUACCUGUUAGGGAUGGCUCUGUUACCCCUGCUGAUGAUACCAUUCGUGACCCUCCCCUGUGAGAGCGAUGCAGCUCAGCCACGCGAGCACCCCAAAGGUUUCAAAGCGUGUCUGAUGUGUUUAUUAGGCCUGUGUCUCUUCCUAUGGAUGCUGGCAGGUAACGUGUGGGUCUUCUCAGUCUAUCAGCCCAACUAUGAUCGAUCAGCGGCUGAUGGUCUUUACUGUGAUAAGACCCUGUACACGUUUGCUCUCUGGAAUGCAGUGUGGGAGACUUUUGGUAUUUGGGUCCACCUGGUCAAACUCUGCAAAGGACUGGUGUGUUGUGUGUUGAUGAGCCCCGCACCAGCAAGCAGAGACUUUUAUGGGAACGUAUGAGGCACAGAUUGGACGUUUAUAUGCAGCAUCUGAGCAGACAGGCUUAGAUUUUCAAGUGUGAGAGUGUGUGUGUGUGUGUGUGUGUGUGUUAUGGCAAAUAAUUAUUAUUUUCAUUAUCAGAUUAAUUAACUACUUUUUUGGUCUGUAAAUAACAAUGCCCAUCAAAACUUCCAAAUACUUCUAUACUAAUAGAUUAAUCAACAAUGGUGGAAAAUUAGCAAAAUUUUAGCCAAAUUCUGGUAAAAUAUUAAAGUUACUGAUAAAUUCAGUAAAUAAAAAAAUCCCAGAAGAAGAGUACUUUCACUUGCAUUGCAUUGUUUACUUUUUAUUAAGAAUAACAUGACAUGCCAUCCCAUAACUGGCUCAUCCUGUUCAUUGUCAUUGUUCAUUGUCGUUCCCCAGUUGUUCCUUCAAGUGUCUAGUGCACAAGUUGAGUUGUUUGACGAAGCAUUCGGGAAGCAGAAGCUUUUUCAGCUGCAAUGGUAGGCAAGUUGGUUUAAUAAUUGGUCAUCUUUUGAGUAGUAUUGAUCUGUGUGGCAUUAUGUGUGUGUACUUGAGUCUGAAAGAGCUGUGCAACAGUCCUACAUUUAAUUACAGAGAGUUGUGUAAAGCUGUUUGAUUGUAGGGUGAAUCUACGAUAAAAAAAAACAUCCAACAUGAUUCCAAUAAAUGGUCUGAUUGUGUAAUAUUCACUAACUUUUCCAAAACAAACGUCAGAAACUCAUCAUUACUUUCACUUUUGUUUAUUAUUUUAUAUUUUCAUUUCAUUCUUAAUUUUUGUUUAUUCUUCAGUUUAGUUUUCCAGAGUGGGUUUGCUCAUUUCAGUUGAGUUUUUAUUGUUUAAAAGUUUUAAUCAGUUUCAGUAUCAUUUUUCCAUUCAAAUAUAUGGGGGGUAUUUGUCAGUUCAUAAUAGGUAUUACAAGACAAACACAUCGACUCAUCCCAGUCUCAGUAAACAUUAUGCACCAAUGCAUGCUCAUGCUUGUUGACAAAUUUGACCAA